AUGGCCAACAAUACAUCCACAAUGGGAUUCAUCCUCCUGGGUUUCUCUGAACACCCACGCCUGGAAAAGAUUCUCCUUGUGGUGGUCUUGUGUUCCUACCUCCUCACGCUCCUAGGAAACACACUCAUCCUCCUGCUGUCCACACUGGAUCCCAGGCUCCACUCUCCAAUGUACUUCUUCCUCUCUAACCUCUCCUUCUUGGACCUCUGCUUCACCACAACCUGUGUGCCCCAGAUGCUGGUCAACCUCUGGGGCCCCACAAAGACCAUCAGCUUCCUGGGAUGCUCUGUCCAGCUCUUCAUCUUCAUGGUUCUGGGGACAACCGAGUACAUCCUACUGACGGUGAUGGCCUUUGACCGCUAUGUGGCUGUCUGCCAGCCCCUGCACUAUGUCACCAUCAUCCACCCCCGCCUGUGCUGGCAACUGGCAGCUGUGGCCUGGGCUAUAGGUUUAGCCCAAUCUAUAGUUCAGAUUCCCCCCACCCUCAAACUGCCCUUCUGUGCCCAUAGACAGAUAGAUGACUUUUUAUGUGAAGUCCCAUCUCUAAUUCGACUCUCCUGUGGGGACACUACUUUUAAUGAGAUUCAGUUAGCAGUUGCAGGUGUCAUCUUCCUGCUUGUACCUCUGAGUCUCAUCCUUGUCUCUUAUGGUGCCAUUGCUAGGGCAGUGCUCAGGACUAACUCUGUAAAAGAGCACAGGAAAGCUUUUGGGACCUGUUCCUCCCACCUCAUUGUGGUCACCCUCUUCUACAGCUCAGUCAUUGCUGUCUAUCUGCAGCCCAAAAAUCCCUAUGCCCAAGAGAGGGGCAAGUUCUUUGGUCUCUUCUAUGCAGUGGGCACUCCUACGCUCAACCCUAUUGUAUAUACCCUGAGGAACAAGGAGGUCAAGAGAGCAUUCUGGAAGCUGCUGGGGAAGGAUGGGGACUCUGGGGAGAGCUGA